GCGAGCUUGUGGCGUGGAUCUUGGCGCUUAGAGCUCUAGAUCUCGCGAUCCGGGCCAUGGCGACGUCGGCAUUCCUCGAGGAGCUCAAGGCAGCGGAUCCAUUCUUCGUCAUGGCCGGCCCCAACGUGGUGGAAUCGGAGGAGCACAUCCUCAAGAUGGCGCGGCACAUCAAAUCCGUGACCGACGAGCUCCAGCUCAAGCUCGUGUUUAAGUCGAGCUUUGACAAAGCCAAUCGAACCUCCGCGCACUCUUUCCGGGGUCCGGGACUGGAAGAAGGACUGAGAAUUUUGGAGAGAGUGAAGGUUGAGUAUGGUCUUCCGAUUGUCACGGACGUCCACGAGCCUUAUCAGUGUGAGGCAGUGGCACGAGUAGCCGAUGUUAUACAAAUUCCAGCGUUUCUUUGCCGACAGACGGAUCUUCUUCUCGCAGCUGCUAAGACCGGCAAAGUGAUCAACAUAAAAAAAGGCCAGUUUUGCGCUUCCUCCGUGAUGACCAAUUCAGCCGCUAAGAUCAGGCUUGCUGGAAAUCCAAACGUCAUGGUCUGUGAGCGCGGCACCAUGUUUGGCUACAACGACUUGAUAGUCGAUCCGAGGAACUUGGAAUGGCUGAGAGAAGCCGAGUGCCCUGUGGUCGCCGAUAUCACGCAUUCUUUGCAGCAGCCUGCUGGACGAAAAACUGAGCAUGGCGGUGUUGCUAGCGGCGGAUUGAGAGAGCUGAUUCCCUGCAUCGCUAGAACUUGCGUGGCAGUCGGUAUCGAUGGGAUCUUCAUGGAGGUCCAUGAUAAUCCUCUCAAGGCACCAGUUGAUGCUCCAACACAAUGGCCAUUGAGGCACCUCAAAGUUUUGCUCGAGGAGCUAAUUUCCAUCGCAAGAGUGAGCAAAGGCAAACAGCCAUUUCCGAUUGAUCUUGAGCCAGUGAGAGAUGAUUUUUCAUAACACCAAUCUUCUACCAAGUGAAAGCUAAGUUCAUUCAUCAAUUAUUUCCCCCGAGUUCCAUCCCUUGUCUCUGCCGCACUCAUCAACAUGGAAAGUGUGCAGCCGCGAGGGUCGUCUGUGAUCAUCUCCCAGUUAUCUAGAACACGGUGACAGUACUCACACAACUCUUCCUCCCUCGAGGCUCUUCCAUGCGAUAGUUCUUCACGAUGCUCUUCCGGAUCAUACCCCUUCUAUCUAUCAGUGUCCUCUCGGCUCUAGUUCUUCACGAUGCUCUUCAGGAUCACACCCCUUCUAUAUCUAUCGGCGUCCUCUCGGCUCGCUCCAACCAUCGAUUACUUCAUCGAUCAUGUCGCCCUCGCCAUUGAUAUCUAUGCGGAACAUGGCAGCGUUGCCGUGUUUAACAACAGUGUCACAUGAUUAGUAUAUUGUUACUUGUGAAAGUAGUUUCAUCUGAUGAUAUUAAUGAUGAUAAUACGCAAGUGUUUUACAA